AUGAAUCGUCGUUUCCAAGAUAAUACAUUAUCAUUAUUUCAUUUUAUAAGAAGACAACGAACAUUAUCAUUAUAUAGGCAAUUUUUUCGUCUCAUUCGAAAAAUUGACAAUGAUCAACAACGCCAAGAGAUUCGUGUUUGGAUACGUGAAGAAUUUCGUAAAAUGAAACAUAUCACAGAUAAAGAAUUGAUCGAUAUGAAUCUGACCAGAGGUAACGAUGCAUUAAGAGAUUUGGAAAAAUUUCUAAGGCACGCACAUGUAUUGAAAGAUUAA